AUGAAGCCCCAGACGUCCCACGAGUCGGUCUUCACAGAUGUCUUUCCAGGGCAGCUCCUCGACGGUUGUUCCGUUAAUCUCCUUAAGCUGGCCCUUGACCGAAUCUUUGCUGCUCUGGGCAGGGCAAAUGCCACUGGAGAGGACGAUGUGAGCAGGCUGGAACACAAAGAAGCGGGAAACUGUAUGCCGCUUCUCCAUUGCCAGCAAGUGCAGCAGCAUGGUAGACGCCAGAAUUAUUGCACGUUCCCUGUGCAGCUCUCUCAGGUCGAGUACAACGGACAGCACAACUUGAGCACAUGGGAGCGACGGGAGUUGAUGCUGGAACGGCAGCAAGCGGCGGGAGCAGAAGUGCUUGCUACUCUGCAACGCCAACGCCUGCUACUGGAGGCGUAUGAAGAGCAGAUGCGGCAGGAGCAGGGACAGAAACUUCAUAGAAUUCAAUUAAUACAGCGACAAAAAAGCGCCAUCCACGGCUCAAACCCCCCUGGACAGACAAGGCAGGAUCUGGUAGUGAAGUUCGAUCAGCUGGAGGAUCGGCUGAUUGUACAACUGAAGAGAGAGCAGGAGCUGCAGCAGAUAGUCCACAUAGUUUUAAGCCGCUGUGUGCAUCUGCAGCAGCAGGUAGAGGACCUGACCCAGCGGCGAGAGCAGCUGUUACUGUUUGGCCUUGGGGAAGGUGUGACAUUGAGACGGCAGGAGGUUCCAGCCCAAGUCCUUACAAAUAUCCACCGGGCAAGCCUUCAAAAGUUUCUGCGCUCUCCAUGGCGAAUACCAGUCUGUACAGUGCAUGACGAUGCCGCUUGCGAGGCCUUUGCUAUGCACGAAUGGCUGCGCGACUCAGGAGCUUCACCUGGACUGCCGCCAUCCAGGAACAAUAACGUUAGCACCAACAUAAGAUGCAGGAGCACCAGUGGGCAUCGCAGCUCCCCAAAUGCCCCCCAGACGACAGGCGAAAUUCGGGGCCGGUCUUCGCUGCUUCAGGGGUCAUCUACUCGCAGUAUGCGCAGUUUUGAUGGCGAAAUGCGUCAACCAGAAACCUCACCGUUACAUCGUCAGCAGCAGCACGUCUCUGAAGGGCUAUCGGAUUGCAACACACCUGCAAGAAAAGGUGGCACAGCUGUUGUUGCCCUCCAGCAGCAGCGGUCUUUAAAGCAGCAGCACCUUACGGACUGGCGGUACAUUCCCUCUAAUCAGAGGCAUACCGAGUUGCAAAGAAAGGCUUCGCAGCAGUUCUGGCGAAAGGAAAGAGCGCCCCAAGGACUGGUGGCUCUGCAGCUUCAGCAACAAGAGGAAAAGGAAUACCAGCAGGCAGAGCAAGAGCAGCCCUUAGAUCUCGAAGAGCCACGCAUACAGACUACACAGCAAACCCAAGCCUACAAAAAUGACUCCCCCGUUAGAUCCCCUUCGUCUGCACGCCGGAACAGUCUCGAGUAUGUAGAUGGCAGGCUGAAUCUCGCCUCGGAAACCCACGGCUCUGCAACAAUAAUUAGGGACGACUAUCAAUGCACUGAAUCAGACUUGCAACUGGCAAAUGAGCGGAAGCUCCAUGAGUUGCUGCUCCAUCACAACGAGCUGCAAGAGUUAGAAAGAUGCAUUUAUGGGGCAAUGGCUAGUGAAGAGAGCGCAGGGAGUUUAGGUUCCCUCGAAGUUCAGCUGCAACGGCAACAACAGCAGCAGGACCAAAUAGCAACUGAAAUGCGCCUUAGAAGCUGCAGGAUUUUGGAGCUUUGCGCCAGACUGGCUCCAGAUAAAGAGGAGAUUCAGCAGCGUGGAGGGGGGCAGCGCCACCUGAAUGAUAGCCCGCAGCCUCAGUCAACACAGGUGGAGAUGCGACUCCUACGCCGGACGCAAGCAACGUUGGCAGGUCUGCUUGAAGAUACGCGACAGGAAUGCGCCUCGCCGCAGGAACUACAGAGAAGGGAAUGCCAGUACACGGAGUUGGCCGAACAGCUGCAGCAGCUGGAGCAGCUUUCAUGCAUGACCCCGCAUGCACGACGGGCUGCAAGCAGCAUUCUUGGGGAGCUGCAUCACUGCGGUGAAAGCCCGCUGCAGCACGACGACCAGAUAUCGUGGAGGCAGCAGCGGCAGCACAAACGCCAAGAAGUGAUGUUUGCUGCUGCGCUCCGGGAGGUAGAAAACUAUAUCCUUUGGCGUUUAGAUGAACUACAACGGCGGCAAGAAAAACAGCAGAAACAGACACAACUGCAACGGCAACGGCAAGAAGAUAAGCGGGAGCAGCAACAACCAACACAAACGUCGCAGCAGCAAAGCCUGCUGCCGAACGCAGCACCCGCUCAGCCACCAACCUCAAAUCAAGACGACAUGCAGCAACAAAUUGGGAAACACCGUGAAGCAAGCAUAGAGAAUGAAUCGCUUUACACGCAGCUACGGCAAGGAGUCGAGUUGCUCCAGACAGCCGUGCAGAACAUCUCUGCUGCAGCUGGGGACUUUGCCGAAAUCCGAAAGUGCAUCAGGAGCAGCAAUCAGCGGGAGGCACAGUUGUUGUUGACUCCACGGUGGUCUCCUGUAUAUGCCCUGUUCUGUCCGACACUGGGCAUUUCUGCAGCUGCCAGCGGCAGCGGCUUUUUCUCGCUUGCUGCACCGCAGCUCCUGCCUGUUUGUACUGCUACUCCUGCUGCUGGCUUUGGUGAUACCGAAGGCUCUAAGACGGGGGAUGCAACAAGCAGCUACCGCACACGCGCUGCAGCAGCUACAGCUUUAGCGGCACCUACGACAGCUACAAUACCGGAAGCAGCACAUCCAGUAGCUACAGCACCUGCAGCAGCGGUGGCGUCUACAACAACACUAGCAGGGCGCUGUCUUCUAGCCGACGAAUGCUGCCAGCCAAGGGGAGAGAAGAUCCUCCCAGAAGGAAAAGCAAAUGGAGUCGGUUUUGGCACUGCUCCAGAGAGACAAGAAAGAAAGCACGCUGCAAGCUCACUCAUUUCUGGCAUGUGCAUUGACGCAUCAACAGCAACACAGGAAACACCCACGGCAUAUGGAGUACCUUUAGCUGCUCCCAGCAGCAUCUUGUGGAACAAAUCAACAGACAUGGCAGCAGCAACAACAGAUGCAGCAGAAACAACAACAGAAGCAGCAACCAUUACGCCCUUCGGUGGACUGGAGGCGAAUUCUCUGCACCCUCGACUGCAACCUCACGUUCCUGUAGCGCCAGUGGCCUCAGGGGCAGCAGAAGCAACAGCAGCAGCAACAACAGCAGCAAAAGCAGCGUUAAGGCUGGCAACCACAGCAGCAGGGGGUGCAGCAAGCUGUCUCGCUGCAUUCCGUCAAAGAGAGGAGCAAGAAUUGGAGCAGCGGUUCGACCAAACUUUCCGGUAUCAGGAUUACCCUCAGAAGUUACAGAAUUGGCAGCAGCAGACACAGCCGCAGCUGCAGCCACAGCAGCAGAUGUUGCCCAUGCAGCAGCAGCAGCAGCAGCAGCAGCAGCAGCAGCAGCAGCGGAUACAGCAACAACUGCAAAUGCUCUUCCAGAGAAGACAACUUUUACAGCUACAGCAACAACAACUGCAGCAGCAGCAAGUAGCUAAUCAGGCUCAGCAUUUGCCUAUCUAUUGCCAAGACAAGAACCAACUGCUGCUACAACAGCAUCACCUGCUCCAGCAGCACAAGCUGCAACAACACAUGCUUCAACAACAGCAGUUCCAACAAGAACAACAGAGGCAGCUGCAGCUGAAGCAAACGACGCAGUGGUUACCGUUUGAAGGGAUAGUCAAUAUUCAACAAGCACAUAUGCCAAACAAUACGCAGCACCAGCAGCUGCUGCAGCAGCAGCUGCAGCUGCAGCAGAUGCAGCUGCAACAGAUGCAGCAGCAGCAAUUGCUGCAGCAACAGAAGCAACAGCACCAAUUGCAGCAGCAGAUUCAGCAAACGCGCAAGUGGCACCUGAAUAGUUACAACAUAGGAGGCUCUGCAGCCAAGGAAAAUGGGACAGAGGCUGGAUUGGCCGUUGCUGGAGGCGUUGAAUGUGCCAAGGGACUAGAUGUGCUCGUUUCCCCAUGUUCCAACGGUUUGAUUGCAUCAGGCAGCUGCAUCCAGCAGCAGCUACCGCCCGAUGAAGUCCCCCAAGCAGCUGCACAGCCUUUUCGGGCAAGACAACAAGUGUUGUCUUCGAUUUCUUCAGCUCAUGGAACAUCUGCUACUGCAGCUGCUGCUGUAGCAGACGCUUCACGAUUGGAGCAGCACGAGCUCCACCGGAUAGCACAAAACGCCGACUCACCAGGAGCGCUAAACUCGAGGCCACCUGGCGAGACAAGGCACUCUCAAGAGGGAGAUCGCUCACUUUUGGUGGAUUUGCUGCUGUGUCUCUGCAGCUCGGACCAAUCCGAGCAUGCAGCAGGAACAAGGGAGGCUGAACUAACUGCAGAUAAAGCAGCAACACCGGCUGGAGGGGUUGUAGGUGCGUUUGUGGGCCGCAGAUUGGAAUGUGUAGAAGUAGCGGAUCCUCAACAUCCUCUUCGGCUCGGAACGCCAUGCAAUGAAACCGCUUACGCCAGCCGACUCCGCGAUGGUUGCCACCCCAUUCCUGCCUCUCACAAGGUGUCUAUUGUUUUUAUUCCCUCUGAGUCUGUCCCGGUGGUAUUGGGCCAAAUAUCUGGGCGGGUGGCGCUGAGUUCAAGGGUGGCCUCUGAAGACCUACCUUUGGCUUGCUUUGGACUCUCUUUCACGCCUGAGGCGAUCAUAUCUGGGUUUACAGGAGCUGGAGUGUCGCCUGCAGCCGCAAUGUCUCCACUAUUGUUGCCGGCCGCUGGUUGUUUGUGCAUAUCCGUCUGUACGGCGGGCGGUGGAGUUGCAACGCCUGCAGGAGCUGUGCGACAUUUCGAGGUCCCACGACUUGAUGCCCCAACACCCCUUGCUUUUCAGCAAAACUGCGAGCUGCACACCGUGUAUGUAAACGGGUGGCCGCACUUGGUGUUAACAUCCAUUCCAGGGAUUGCCCUGAACGCAGGCGACUUCUUAUUUGCUGACUUGGGACCCCGGCUAUUCACGCGGCUGCGACGGCGGCUUUGGGAGCAGGCGGCGUUGCGACUUGUCGGUAUGGGAAGGGCUUCAGAGGGAGGAAGGCUAAGGGAGUCGCCUACCUCUGCAGAAGAUCUUCUUAAGGCCCAAACUACAAUCAACAAUCGUCCAGCCAACAAGCAUCCAGCCCAAAAGCAGCACGAGAACCCGCAUCUGCCUCAGCAGCAGCGAGAGCAGCACCACCAAACGCACCAGCUGCUCCACCAACUCAGUCGCAGCCGACUUCUGCAACGCGAAGAUCGUAGUCAGCAGAAAGAACCGGUCUGGCAGAUAGUCUCCUCUCUUGAUGCUGCCACAAAUGUAUCUACAUUUAAUACUUCUGAGUGCUUAGCAGCCCUUCUAGUCUUCAUCCUUGCAUGCGGAGAUACAAGCAAGGGCCCAUUUGGAGCUGCCGCUGCUGCUGCGAAGGCUACUGCCUCAGCCGCGGCAGGAACGCAGCCGAGUAAUACGUUCACAAGCAAAACAUCAGAUGACGAGUCAGGUGCUGAUGGUUCUCCUGCUCAGUUGCCCUAUGCCUGUCAAGAGCGAAGCACUGCGGACUUUGCUGGACUAGCGGAGGACGACUUUGGUACCCUGGCUGCGUCCUUGCGACCAUGCGCCAACUGCUACAGGAGAGUCGUGCUGGGCCAGCAAUACCGACGACUGCAGCAGCUGCAACGGCUGAAACAGCGGAUCCUCCGGCAGCUACAACUGCUGAGACCGUCUAUACAAAAGCAUCAUAUGACUGAGCAAGCAGCUUUAAUUAGAGAGAGACUUUCAUUUCAGCAAAACACCGGCUCUUUCUCGCCACCGUUGGGGUGUCAACUGCAGCAGAUGCAGCAGCAGCAAAAGGUAAGCAGGGGAAAUAGCUACGGUGAGCACCACCGAUUGCAACGGCUGCACGACCUGGUUGGCCUAAUAUUAAGCGCACUGGAAAAGCCGAUUUUUUGCCAGAAAAAGACAGCAGGAGAGACGCUUCCGGCGCCUAAGCAAAAGCCCCAGCAGCAAGCAGGACAGAACCGUCUUGCUGAGCCCCAUCAGCACCUGCUGCAUGCGCUACCGAAAGCGCUUCACACAACUGACGGCCAGCGGCCAUGCAGCCCUUCACCGCUGUGCCGGCCGGUACAGCAGGCUCACGACGCUUCUGCAUGGGCUGCCGAGGACAGCAACAUGUCCGCUGCCUCCAUGGUCACAGGUGGCCCAAGCCUGUUACCACUAUCCAGUCUCGAAGACAAAGAGGAUGCAGCAACAGCAGCAGCAGCCAUUGCACGCAGCAGCAGGUGGCUUGCUGCGUUGGCGCAACAAGCACCCACUUGUGUAUUUGCUGCAGCUUCUGCUUUGGCAGGAAGGAGCCUCUCAACAAGCUUGGCCAUAGCUGCACUAAAGUGCCGUCUCCUUUCAGGACAUGCUGGGGCAGCAUCACAAGGCCUUAAAAUGGCGACAGCAAAAGCAGCCAAGACUUGGGGACAGAUCAGCCAAGUACUGCUAAAGGCGUGCAGCAGGCGUCACCAAAUGCUGCGCGCCGCCGCAGCCCUACUUCAACGGGACCGGCAGCUCCUUUCUUCACUACAGGACAGCUUUGACGGGGGCCCAUCUCUACCCAUAAUGCACCAAACAUGGCAGCCAGGGAACGAACGGCUUCAUCACGAGUCGGAGGAACAGCAAUCACAGCCGCGACAGCAGCAGCAAAGGCAAACCAACCAGGUGACGCAGCAGCUCAACAGCAACAGUAGAGAUACUGAGAUAUCCAGUCACCAUACGUCAACGAAACCGCCGCCUCCAACGGUGGUGCGACCCCACGUACAGCAGCAACAAGCCGUAGAUCCACAGGGGCAGCACACACUGCAUUACGAGCAGCAACUGUUCCACGCGGUGCUGCAAGCGACUCAACGCUACGGGCAAACGGUGCAGCAGCUAAGGGUGCAACAGCCAGCAUUUCAAUGCCACAGUAUGCAACAAGGAGGCUCGGAACAGAAUCUGCAGCAGGUGCAGUGGGGGCAGCAGCAGCAGCAGAAAAGUGGCGCUCUUCUGCAACCGUGCCAACGUCAGCAACUGCAACUGCAGCAGCAACUGCAACUGCAACGGCAAGCAUCUUUGCCUCUCCAGGUCUCUGCUAUGCAGCCCAUCCUACUGACCGAACGCAACCAGCUGCUGCAAUUGCAGCAACAGUACUUGCAGCCUUUAAAGCAAGUGCGUCUCCAGACGCUGCGACAGCAGAGUCUGCAGCAAUUGCAUGAAAUGCAGCAAUUAAAACCGCUGCAACAGCAGAACGUCGGAGACGUUGCUCAGGAAGCAUUCAAAGUUACUAAGGAGCUAGGGGGGGCGUUCGAAGAAGCGGCGCACUGCACGAAGCCGCAGCGGCAUGAGCUGAUGCAGAUGCAGCUGCAGCAGCAUGCAGAGCAACAAGGGCUACACAUGCAACAAAUGCACGUGCAGCAAGACCCAGGACUUCAGGAUGUGCAAGAGCAAUCGACACAGCACCCUAGGUCUCAGCACCCCGGAAGGCAACAAACGAAGCUGCAGCAUAGACACUUGCAUCAGGAACUGCACCGGAAGGAACCCUACCGGCAACACCUGAACAAGCACGCAGUGCAGCACCAGGGGCUGCUGCAACAGGAGAGCCACGUACAGCCCCAGCAAAAGGAAGAUCACAAGCAGCAAGAGGAAGGUAAGCGUCGUCGUCGCCACAGCCAGAGGCAGCAGUGGCAGGCGCGGCUGCUACUCCAACAGAGGAGUCGCAGGCGGGAAAAAGCCCGCCACUGCAGCACCUAUGUGGUAAACAAGAUACUUAAGAAGCGGAGCCCUGAGUUGAUUGGUGAUUUUGAGGCGGUUCCUGCUGAAGGAAGUUUCCGGUGCGUAACAGGCAAAGAAGCCAAAGGAGGAAACGCCCCUGGGGGCAUUCAUGCAGAUUCGCAAAUAGAAAACGAAAUAUGGUCUAGUAGGGAUGCCUCAGGGCCUGAAACAACAGCAGAUGCUGCAACAGCAAAUGUGGAUACACUUGAUGCUGCACGAGAGAGGCAAAGACUAGCGAAGCAGCAGCUCAGGGAAGCUAGGAGAAUGCGAGCGCUAAGAUGUAUGUUGGCCCAGAAGUCGGAGAACCACGAAGCAGCAGUUGCUGCCGCAGCUGCACAGACAUCUCACGAUGCUGCUACUGUUUUUCGCCGCAGGAUGCCCAGACUCAAAGUCAACGCGGAAUUGGCAGUAGUACGUGCGCGGUCUGUUGCUGCUGCCUCGAAGCAAAGGGCAGCAGCAGCUAUUGCCGCAGAAGAAACUGCUGUGCAGGAACUGGCUGAAGCGAAUGCUGCACUUGCAGCCGUAGAAGGUACAGAGGGAACAACAGUAGACACCUGUGAGGAAGCAGAAGAAGACUCCGUUCUUCCUGCAUGCAACAGAAAGCAGAUGCAGAGAGAAAGCCCCACGACACAACGAAAAGGCAACGCCUCACUAGAAUCAGCAGAAGCUCUCGCCGAGGCGGGAUCACCAAUGAGAGAAAGCAAGGAAAUGCGAGGGGCCAACAUGGCUUCAGUACAAGAUACUGGCGAAACAGAAGCUGCAACUCUACCGGAUUCGAGAUCCGUACUUUGCCGUGGAAACUGCUUGGAAAUAAAAUCAGCGGACUUACCGGAAGCUACCGGGCUGUGCAUUGUCCAAUCCCCAACAGAUAGGCAAAAAGUAACAGCAUCGACAGGCGAGAGUAACGCAUCAGCAGAACUUGAAGCAAGGAUUGCAACGGCAUCCGCUGAAGCUGAAGGUGCUGCCGCUGCAGCAGCGGCACUGCUUGAUAGUGCGGUUGCAGCGCCGGAAGUGGAAGCAGCAAGUGCUGCAGCAGCAGCAACAAAUGUGUUGUUGCUGUCUUCAAAUGCACUUCCCGAAUCACGAGCGCAUCCACGGUUUGUACAAAGAUCUGACGGGCUGCUUGUAGCGGCGGCAACGGCAUCAGCAGCGGUGGAAACGAGGCGAGCUAGAAGGAGGCUGCCCGGAAGACUGGCAAAUAGGCGAAGGCGAAUAUUUGCAUACUGCUGCCGCGAAACUGUAGGCGACGCCUGUAGCUGCAAGCAGUGCAGCAGCUGUCAGAAGGAAUAUUCUGCAGCACCCUCGGAGGGGACUGCCCCUGCUCCUGAUGAUGUGGUUGCGCGUUUCAGCCAGAGUUGUAUGGGGUCGCAGCCGUCGCGGCAGAUGCAGAUUUGCCUCAGAUCGAAAAGUGGAAGAAGUGCUGCUGCUACCGCAGUGGAUGCCACAUCGGGCAGCUCUCUCAGUGGAAGCAGCGGGAUGAAGCUGCGAAUGACACGGUCCACCCAAAGGUGUGAGCGGAAUUACAGGAGCAACUUUUCGUUCCCCAGCAGCGAUGAAUGCAGCAGCUUCAGGAUAGACUGCAGCAGCGGAAGCGACUGGGAAGGUUCCCCUCGACGGACCAAUCGGCAGCAGUGCAGAAGGCAACAUGGUGCGCCUGUACCUGCCGCUGCUGUUCCGACCGCUGCUACAAUGGCAGCUCUGCAUCGCGCUGAAACGGUUGCUUUCGUCAGUAGGACAAACACCGAUGCACAUCCUGUCGAUCCACGGCAGCAGCGUGUCCCUCUCACUCCAGUUCUUGAGGAGUUGCAUAAAGGGGCAAGCAGCGUUUUGAACGUCACUGCAUCUACAUCGAGAAGUACCAGCUCCAUAAGGAGCUCCCUCCACGGUAGACGCAAAUCCCAGUUCUAUCGAAAACUCUCAGCCAGAGACCAAGGUAAAAGCCUACCACCGCAAAAACCAAACAGCCCCGACCAGCAUUCUGGAGUCUGCACUCAGAAGCAACAGGCACAAAUAGCGUUCCCACACAGCAACUGCCGUGUUCUGCGCAGCCGCAGCAGACACAUCGCAGCUUCAGCAGCAGAGGCCGAAGCCGAGGGAUCUCGGGAGCUGAGCCUGAUGAAGGACCAACCCGCCCUAACGCAAGCGCACUUCUCUGGUGCUUCUCCUGCCACAGUGGGGACGGAAGAGCCCGGGCUGCCAGCCUCUCCUGAUACACUUUCCAUGGAAACUGAAGAUGUCGAAGAAACCGCUCCUGCUCCUGGAUGCGCCUCCAGGUGCGGCCACAACAACAGCGGCGGCAUCCGGCUCAAGACUUGUCAAGACCUGUCGGAAGUGUCCUCUAUAGGUAGCGGCAUUCGCACGCGCUUCAUGAAGAAGUCGGUGCCAUUGUCUCUGUCGCAAAACGAACGCGAAGAAAAGAAAAAAUGCCAGCAAGAAGAGCUGCGCGAGCAGCAAGGGCGGCGUCAGCUAUUCCUGCAAAGAGCCAGAAGUAGCAGUUUGCUCGGUAGCUACGGAAGAGCGGGAAUCGGGGAUUUAUGUGCACAAUCUGGUGAGAGAGCCACUGGAAGUGGCGGAGCGAUUGGGACUGCUUCGGCAUCGUGGAUAAACCACCCGCAGGAGCACCAGCUAAGCCAUCCUCUUCUGGACAACGAUGCGCCAGCACUGCCCCUUGAAAUGGCACCACUCAUUCUAAGAGACUUCAGAGAGUUGCUGGUGUCUUUAAUAUGCCACCCAAACCAAGCGGAUGAUACGAAUCCGCUUCAUACAGGAAAAGGAACGGCGGCAGCCAUCCUCGCUGCCGUCGUGGAAAGCAAACACAACGCCAGCACCUACAACACCCCGAGCAAAGCAUCGCACGACGCAUGUAACCGAAAGUAUCGUUCUGUACGUUCUGCUGCUGCUGCAGUAGCGGCUGCGACAGCAGCCCGACUGCAAUCAAGAGGCGUCGGGAGUCCAAAAGACUUCAAAGCAGAGGUUGAAGCAGCGGCAACAGAAAUAGCAAGGAAUAUCAGCUGGAACGAGAAGAGACGCAGCUAUGCAGCAAAAAUAAGGGGAGUGUCACAGCCUGUCUGGUUCGCUGCUAAGAGGAGAGGCGUCCCUCAGGCACUUCAAGCUGCAGCAAACCUGCUCAUCGAAGAAGUGCAUAGGCGCAAACCGACGCAGUUAGGCUGA